AUGAGUGACGAACCGAAUUCAGUUGUCCCCGACUUUCAGAAAAAGUUGGCGGACGUAAUCGCUUUCGAGGAAUACACAUUCAUAUACGAUGUUCAGACGAAUCUGAUUGACUCGUUCAUCCAAUAUCUCCGAGACCAGUCGGUGGCAGACCAGUUAGAGACGGAGAAGGAGAUGGUGGAAGACAGGGUGAUGGAGGCUGAGGAGGAGGUCGAAGAGGCAGAGCAGGAGGAGAAGAAGGAGACAUUAGACAUGGAGAUCGACGCAGAAGAAGAGAAGACACAGGAGAUGGACUCGGCAGUUAAGAUCAUGGAGAGAGUGGUAGAAAAGUUACCGGACGAGGAGAAGUUGGAUAUCGAAGAGGAGCAGAUGGAGCUUGGAGAUCAGUAUUUGGUGGUAGCUGCUGAGGAGCAGACAGUAUUGGUCGAGGGGGAGCAGAUUGAGGUCGAGCAUGCUGAGGCGGGGCCGGUGGUGAUGGCUAAGGAGGAACAGGAAGUGGUUGCAAAAGAGGAGACUGAGGAGGCAACCAAUGCAUCGGAGCGGGUAGAUGCAGUGGAAUUACAAGAGGAGCAGUUUGAGGCAAAUAAUAAAAUGGCCGAUGAAAAGGUGGAGGCAAAAGAAGAGCACGUCGUUCUUGCUGAGGAGCAAGAAGUCGUGGCUGAUAAAGAGGAGGUGGCUGCUGAUGAGGAGCAAGUAGUCUCGGCUGAAUUAAAGGUGAAGGUUGAGGGGGAACCGAUCAAGGAUGGAGAGGAGCGGAAUGGGGCUGUUGUGGAGCAGCUGGAGACUCUGGCUGAGGGGGAGCAGGUCAUGAUGUGUGAGGAGAAUGCCAAAAAGGCGAAGGUAGAGGAGCACAUUCUGGAGAAGGCUGAGGAAAAGCAGUCUGAGGAGGCUGAGGAGAAGCAGUCUGAGGAGGCCGAGGAGAAGCAGUCUGAGGAGGCCGAGGAGAAGCAGUCUGAGGAGGCCGAGGAAAAGCAGUCUGAGGAGGCUGAGGAGAAGCAGUCUAAGGAGGCUGAGGAGAAGCAGUCUGAGGAGGCUGAGGAGAAGCAGUCUGAGGAGGCCGAGGAGAAGCAGUCUGAGGAGGCCGAGGAAAAGCAGUCUGAGGAGGCUGAGGAGAAGCAGGCUGAGGAGGCUGAGGAGAAGCAGUCUGAGGAGGCCGAGGAGAAGCAGUCUGAGGAGGCCGAGGAAAAUCAGUCUCAGGAGGCUGAGGAGAAGCAGGCUGAGGAGGCUGAAGAGAAGCAGUAUGAGGUGGCUGAGGAGAAGCGGUCUGAGGAGGCUGAGGAGAAGCAGUCUGAGGAGGCUGAGGAGAAGCAGGCUGAGGAGGCUGAGGAGAAGCAGUCUGAGGAGGCUGAGGAGAAGCAGUCUGAGGAGGCUGAGGAGAAGCAGGCUGAGGAGGCUGAGGAGAAGCAGUAUGAGGUGGCUGAGGAGAAGCGGUCUGAGGAGGCUGAGGAGAAGCAGUCUAAGGAGGCUGAAGAGCAAGUUGAGGCUGACGAGCAGAUGGAGAAGCCGGGGGCGGUGGAGUUGGUGGAUUUCGAGAAGGCAGAUGGCGAGCAGGAGGGGGAUGAUGAGAAGAAAGAUAUUGGAAGGAGAACCAAGUGGUGGAAACUUCUUUGUUGUUUUGGUUGGAGGAGGCGGAGGAGGCGCUUUUCAGAAUAAAAGGAAAUG